AUGCCUUCCUUCUUCACCUUCGACCAGGGACGCGACCGCUUCCAAACCGAAUCUUCUCCCCUGCUGGGUCGCUUCCGCGCAGUGCCCAAUGCGUAUACCACGAAUGGGCGCACGCGCAGGAAAUCUCUCUUAGGGUUUUCGAUCGAUGGGUUUGGCGGCGCGUUUGGAGGCAGAGAUGAGGGGGAUGAGGGAGGAGUGGAUGGAUAUUAUUGUGAUGGGGAUGAGGAGGAGGAGGGGGGUGUGUAUGGGUGGAGAGGGAGGGUGAGGAAGUGGGGAGGAGAGUUUAGGGAUACGUGGAUAGAGCCGAAGCAGAGGAGUGUGGCGGGGUGUGUAGAGAGGUGGUGGUGGAGGUGGGGGGUUUUGGUUGGGGCGCCGAGUGCUUUGGCUGUUGCAUGGUGUGCGCUACCAUUUCCACAAUACGAAUUUCCAGAUGACGACAACAUAGUGGAUUCACCAUUAGCCAUCUUUGGACACAAGAUACCAGGUCACGGAGAAGCUAGAGUUGAGAUUAACUUUUGGUUCUUUCUAUUCGUAUAUUAUGGUUUCUAUAAUAUAACAGCAUUAAUGUGGAUUACGAAAGUCUUCAACAUUUAUUCGCUGAAUUGGUGGCCUAAAAGUCUUGGGUUUCCCCUCACAGUCUCUAUUAUUGCCGCAAUGUCAAUAGCAGCUCCAAUACCUUUUUAUUGUAUACCCGAACUUCGAUACAUCACAUCACAUAAUACAGCGUGGAUAUGCUGGACAUUCUUCGCCAUGGCAAUGCCAUUAUUAGUUGCAUUUGCUAUCCUCCUUAAUCAUGAAAGACAUCUCGGUUUACGUAAUCCUCUUUCGGAAACUCAACGACUUUUUACUUCUUCAUGGUGGACAGGUGAUAGCGAUACAAUUAAUGCAAGAGAUCGACCACGAAGAGCAAAUGUUAUUCGAAGUCACAGUACUUUUGAUCCAAAUACUUCUCUAGAGGUGGCUUUAGCAUCAGAUGAUAUUUAUCGAUCAAGAGAUGCUCAACUUAUGUUGAGAAAACGUUGGUUGCCAGCAAGUUUUGUGAGAUUUAUGUGGUUUUGCUCGGCUCUACUAAUAGCUAUAUUGACUUACCUACUGGGAGAAACUUAUGCAGAGAUAUAUUUGCGAACACUACCACAUAGCACGAUUGAAACGCUUGUAUAUGUUUAUAGUUGGGUUGUGACGGUUCAUCUAUUGGAUGGAUUAUGUGGGUGGAUUUUAGGGGGUAACGAGGGAGAAAGAGUAGACAGUUACCCCCUUGGUUGGAUUUUUAAACUCUACUUCGCUCUCACCUACCAAACUUACGUCCGCGCUUUAUAUGCUCGUCUUCGAUCACCACAACAAUUCAUCUAUCUCCAAAUAAUGUCCUCUUCAUUCUUGAUUCUCCUCGCCCCACUUACAAUCUCUGCACCCUUUCAUUCGUUCCUCGCACUUCUCGGAUUGAAUGGUCAAUCAUAUACCGCAUAUCAAAAAUUCUGCACUCGAAACAUCUUCCUCCGCGGCUUGACCGAAAACGUCUCAAUGCUUACUUUCCUAGGAAGUAUCUUAGUCCUCCACUACGGCGCUAAUAAAGACGUUUACCCCUACUUCGCUUUCGAUACUCCAAUCUCUCCACCAACAAACCAAACCCUCUCUUCUAUCACCCACAAAUUCUUCCCUUCCAUCCCACACCUUCCUCAUCAUCUCCCCGCCUCGGACUCCCCUCCAUUAAACGCACCCCCGCAAUACGAUUUCCGCCUCACGUUCUACGCGUCGGUUGUGACGUGGGGAUGUGAAAUUGUCGCGGGCUGGAUCACGAGGAGAAUUCUCUGGUGGGGAUGGAAAAUUAAUGUGACGGCGGAGGGGAAGCGAGAUUUGGCCGCGUGGCCGGAAUUGUUGCCGACGGGUGUGGUGGUUAUGGUGCAUGUGUUGCAGAAUAUGCUGUUUAGUAUUGUGAGGUUGGAGUUUCAUUAG